AUGAGUGAAAGCGUUCUUAGUGACUACGGCUCUGAGGAUGCAGCUGCUCAGACUGUGGCUAUCCUUACACAGCUCAAAGCCGAAAAUGUAGACCUCAAGCGGAAUUUUGAGAACCUAAAAUUAUUGCAUCUACAGCUUAGCGAAUCAUACAAGAACCUACAGGGGCGUUAUGCUGCUUUGUACGAGGAGCGGAAUAAUGUGGAGAAACAAUACCAGUCGCUCUGUGAAUCAUGGCGGGUGGAGCUCGAGGAGAAGCAGCGGCAUUUGGAAGCUGCGAAGGCGCAAAUUCUCGGACCCAGGGAUCUGGACGUGCUGAAGGCCAAGCUUCUGGAGGAGCUGGAGGCCUCCUACCGCACAAAAUGCGAGAACUUGAGCCGGGAAGCCGAAUCCUCCCACGCGGCCUACCUCAAGGCCCGUCGUGACUACGAGGAGCUCCAGAACUCGUACCGCAGUUUGGAGGUCCGUACGGUUGGGGACCAGGAAGCCACCAGGCUGGAGCACAGCGCGCUUGCCCGGGAGAUCAGAGACAAGACGGCGCAGCUGAUGGCGCUGCAGGGUGAGGGGGCAGGGGUAGGGGGCGGGGGCGGGGCAGGGCGAGGUGCACGGAAGGGUGCAGGGACUCGGGGAGGAAAGGAUCGCAGUCCUCUGCAAGAGCUGCCGGAGGUCGGGAGAACGGGGAGGGAAGCGAGGAAAGGAGGCAGGGAGGGAGCCAAGCUGGCUUCUACGGAAGGCUCAGUUCGCUCCCUUCAUCGAGACCUGGAGGCGGCCAAGUACUCGGCUAGCCAGAUGAAGCAGGAGCUGGAGGAGAUUCGUCGUGCCAAGGAGCGGGCGGUGGUGGAGCGCGAGGCGGCGGCGGUGCAGGCGGAGAAGAAGGUCAAGGCCGCGGAGGAGGAGACCGCCCAGCUGAUGUCGUUCGUGGAGAGUGUCAACCGCAAGAACCGGCACCUGGUUCAGGAGCUAGCGGACAGCCAGAGGGCGGCGGAGGACCUGUUCGCAACAAACAUGCGUUUGCAGAGCGCCCAAACUCAGCUUCAAUCCCAGCUGGACAGUAGUGUACGACUGGCGGCGGGGGAGAAGGCGGCGUUGAUGGCGGACCACGAGGAAGUCGUACGGAAGCUGGAGGAGCGGUUGACGGUUAUGGCGGGGGAGGACGAGCUCACCAAGAUGUUGGUGACGUGGGAGUCGCGUGUGGCGGAGGAGAAGCGGGCGGGUGCGGAGCGGGCCAGGGAGCUGCUGGACCAGAAGGCGGAUGUCGCGGAGAGGGCCGCGGCGCAGCAGCGGAUGCUGGAGGAGCGGCUCCGUGAGGCCGAGACCGCCAUGCGCCAGGCCCAGGCCCAGGCGGACACGGCGGCCAGGGAGGCGGCGGCGGAAGCGCUGAGGGCGGAGGGGCUGGGCAAGCAGCUGGCGGAGGGGGGGGCCGCGGCGGAGGCGCUGCGGAGCGAGCAUGCGGAGACCAAGAAUGCGUCUCUCCCCCUUGUAGCAACCUGGCAGUACUGCUCAGCACCCCGCCACGACUGCACCGGUCCUACCCCCCCCAUACGCUUUAGAGUCCAGCUCGCGGCUCUGGACGUGUUGGCAAUUUCUUGCAUCUCCAUCAUCAUCAUCAUCAUCACCAUCACCAUCAUCAUCAUCAUCAUCAUCAUCAUCAUCAUCAUCAUCAUCACCAUCAUCAUCACCAUCUUUAUCAUCACCAUCUUUAUCAUCAUCAUCAUCAUCAUCAUCAUCACCAUCUUUAUCAUCACCAUCUUAAUCAUGUGCGAGCCGGUCGGGAUGCCCUGGCUGCUGAGGUCAGCUUGGGCGUUGGAGAAGGCGGCACUCGCCAAGCGCUACCAGGCGGCUGUCAAGGAGCUGACUGUGCGACACGAGGCUGAGCUGCGAAAGAUGAAACGUAAGGCCCGCGGGGCGCAGGCGGCGGUGGCGCAGCUCACAGACGAGGUGGCGGAACUCAAGUUCAAGGCAGCGGAGGCUCAGCACGCGAGUCGCAUGUCGGAGGUGCUGUACCUCAGUCAGGGCGGCGGCAGCGGCGGCGGCGGCGGUGGCGGCGGCCGCUCCAGCAGCCCGUUCCGAGACCACAGGCAACUGCUCAGACCCUUCGCCAUCCCCGGAUCUUCCGGUGGGGGCACCGGCGCCGGCGCCGGCUUCUCGCCGGGCACAAGGCCCAUCACAGCGCCGUCGUACAUGCAGUCGCCGACGCCACAAGUUGUCAUUCUGACGGGCACCGGCGGCAGCGCCGGUGGUAUGGCAGCGGCGGCGGCGGCGGCAGCGUCCCAGGGGCAACAACAGCAGCAGCCGUCGCCGCUGGAGCGUCGGUCGGGUUCGCAGAUGGUGGAGGAAGGCGGUGACGAGGUUCAGCGUGCUGGCGGUGGCACCAGCGGCUUUAUGGCGCCCAGCGGCGGCGCGGCUGUGGAUGCGGCGCUUCAUAGCAGUAUAGCGGCGCUGCGGCACCGUCAACAGCAAUACAUGGACGCGGCCCGGCUUGAGGUGCAGCCGUGA